GCUAUCAGCGAUCGUAUAACCUUUACCGCGAUGGGAUUCUAGCGCGCUUAAGAGUCGUGUUCACCAUUCCGAACGAUAAUCGAAGUAGCAUUCAGCGACGCUAAACCCGAUUAGGAUAAAUAUAUGAGCAUUUUGCGAAGUCAUAGUUUCCCGGUCACCGGCUUGCGCAUGGUUUGACCAAUUGGAAUAAAACCUCGCAGAGCUGGCUUUAACUUUCACACCCGCGCGCGCUGCAAGAAAUUUGGUGCCACAAAACCGAUUUACGUUGAUUCCAUUGUAUAAACGAGGCGCGGAUCCUUCGCCCAGGAUGCUAUGAUUAACAUCGUUUCACUUGAACUAUUUCACAAACUCCAAAUCUUUCAGGAAUUCUAUGCAUCAUGCCCAUAGUUGCUGGAGACGACAAGACUUGCUCUUGCCUCUAUAGGGGCAGGCAUGGUCUAUGUACCUGUCAGUCGACAUUCAACGACAGCUUAGCGACAUCAUUGAAGGUGGUCGAAAACCAAAAACUACGACAUGAAGCAGGUUCGCUCGAGCAGAAGCAAUGGCAGGACAUGCUAAAAUUGUUACGAGAAGAACAAGAAGCCGAGAGAGCAGCACACCAAGCAGCACACCAAGCAACAGGACCCUGGCACAAUCAAACCCAUGACGCAGAAGACUUGCCACUGAGCACAUCGAGCUCUUUGGAAAUCAACCAUACGAAUCGAGAACAUGAAAUGAAUAAUGAGUACAACAAUCUUUCACCAUUUGACCUUGAAUGGCAGGCGGGGCUAGUGCACCAGCAGACUCGUCGCAGGGAUAUUUUAGUCACAUUGACUGCAGGUAUCGAGUCAGGCCAUGUCCCUAUACACCUCUGCGACGAAUUGUCAGCAUGUGAGAAACAGAUCGCGCUCCUGUUACAAGAAAAGAAUAUGCUGGAUACCUGGAGUUCGUUUCGUAGAGCCGUGAUAAAACGACAUGCCUCUGCGCAAGGACAAAUGGAUAGCUCGCCUGAAGAUCACAGACUCUUAGGACAUUCAAUUCCGGGGACAGCUAUCAUGCCAACCGGCGAGCAUGUACUUCCCAGCAUUGAAAAUCACCUUGCUUCAUUGGAAGCGUCGCCAAGGAUUGGCCGAAAACGGGAUUCGUCAGUACCACCUGGACGGGCAUUUCGCCCAAGCAUAAAACGAACACGUACAGAUGUCGAGGCUCUAGAUGCACGGAACAUAUCGAACGAGCACUACGAAUCCGACGAAUAUCAAUAUGCAUUCCAGGCUCAUCUGAAUCAUCAAGACAACUAUCUUUAGAGGAUCGGCGGGAGCCGGGAACUACAGGAGGAGAACGCAUAGGUAGACAAGGUUCACAGGCUUUCCAAAUAGUCGUUGAAGCUCUACUACACAUGAUCUCAACCUGUCACAACAAUUCUGAAGCUAGUAUUUCAGCUGCCCAUUGAUUCAAUGCAUGGAUUUCUCGCCAUUUCGAACUACACAGGAGUAUUCUGAUCAUAUGCGUAAAUCCCACCCAGGAUCCGCUAUUGCUCCGUACCUAUUGUUACUUCCAACACG